AUGAAACAAGCUAAUUUUAUAUUGCUAGUUUCAACUUCAAUAUAUUUAGUCAGUUCUAUUAAUUCUGCUCUGGGCAACUAAGAUGUGAGGGGAUGGGGAGAUGUAGAUCCAUAUGCUCCAGAUGCUUGGGAUUGGACAACACAGCCAAAUAUUAUUAGUCCAGUAAGAAGUGAUGGACUUAGUCAAAAUAUUAACGGUUGGGCUUCAAUAGUUGUCUCAGCUAUCGAAUCUCAUUAUGCAUUAAAAUAUGGAAAACAGAGACAACUUAGUGUGCAAUAGCUUCUCGAUUGCACUUAAGUUUAAGAGGAAAGUAUUAAUCCUUGGACAGGAUAUACAACUAUUUUGAUGGCUGGUGGUAUAGCAGACUCUAAAUCAUAUCCCGCUACUGAAUCAAAAAGCAAGUGCUAUUACAAUUUAUCAAUACCUUCAGUGAAUCUUCAGGGAGAUGGGUAUCAAUGGAUGCCUUAAAAUGAGACUAAAUUGAAAUCAGUUGUCUAUAAUUAAGGACCUGUAGUUGUGGCAAUGGCUGCCUCUAAAGAUUUCUUCUCAUAUACAGGUGGCAUUUUCAAUACCACAACUUGUAAUGGUGUCGUGCCAACUAUUGCUUUGCUAUUAGUUGGAUAUGGUGAAGAAAACGGAGUUCCUUAUUGGAUAGCUUAAAGUGCUCUUGGUGAAAAUUGGGGAGAAAAAGGUUAUGCGAGAAUACUAAGAGAUUAAAGUCUUUGUCUCAUUGAUCACGUGCCAACCAUCCCAUAUAUAAUCCUUGAUCCUGAGCUGGAAUACCCCAGACCAUACCAAUACAUGUGGGUUGCCAUUGAAACUGAGGCAAGAUGCAUCGAUGGAUCUUUCGCUACUAUCUAUUUUUCUUAAGGAUAUGGAGAUGGCUUGACAAAAGCAAUUACCUUUUUCGAGGGUGGUGGUUGGUGCUACGGGAGAAAUUAAACAGAAGUAAAAGAAUGCUUGUAUGAAAGAUCUAGCACUGAUCUUGGUUCAUCUAACAAUUACCCAUAGACCAAUUAUUUAAAUAGAACAUUCUUUGAAGAACCAGAAUAAGACUUACUAUUUAGUAACUGGAAUCGAUUCUUUAUCAAUUAUUGUGAUGGUGCUGGCCAUUAAGGGUAUAAAAAGGACCCAAUAGUUCACAAGGACAAAUCUUUAUACUUAAGAGGAGAAUUAAACACUAAAGCUCAUCUUGAUUUUAUACUGAGUAAGCUACCUCCAGAAAUAAUGACUGACUUCGUACUUUCUGGAUGCUCAGCUGGCGGAUUAGCAUCUCUAAUGUGGACUGAUUACUUUAAGGAUAAAAUAUUAACCAGAAAUCCAAAAGUAAAGUAUACAGCAAUGCCUGAUAGCGGAUUCUUUGUUGACUACAAAUCAGUUUUAACCAAUGACAAUGAUUACAAGAUCAAGAUGGAUCAACUGUACUUAAUCUCAAAUGCUGAGACAAACCUCCCUAAUUCUAACUGCCUAAAUAAUGUUAAGCCAGAAGAUAAAAAUACCUGUUUCUUCGCUGAAAAUGCAAUUAAUUAUAUCAAAUCAGAUGUCCUAGUUCUUCAAUCAGGCUAUGACGUUUGGUAAAUUUCAAACAUAUUGGGCAUUUCAUGCCUUGACUCUGAGUAUGGAACUUUAAUCUAUGCUUGCAAUAACACAUAAAUUAAGCAAAUACAAGACUUUAGAGAGUAUACUGUGAAAAUUUUAAGAGAUAAAGCAACUAAGUUGAGUAAUAUAGCAGUUUGGUCGCCUUCUUGUCCUUAUCACUGCUACUAUGUUAAAAAUACAUAAGAUCUCCAAGCUGUCCAAGUGCCUAUGAACUCAGGAAAUAAUGUAGCGCUCGCAUUUAUUAAGGUAAGAGCAGGAUAAAGAGACUCAUAUAAUUGGUAGUGGAUUGAUAAUGUUUAAUGGCCUUAAAAUACUGCUUGUGCUUUUUAUUUAUAAGAAUGCCCUAUCUCAUGA